AUGGCAUUCCGUCUCGGAGAGCUGACCCCGGUCAUCAUCCGGCAUCUGGCACGUGUCUGUGAUGGCAAGACACUCCAGGCACUGGCAGCUCUGAACAAGACGUUCAGACAUGCCUGUGAGCCUACACUCUUCCACGACCUUGUGGUCCGUGAGACAACCCGAACCGGCUCAAUCAACUUGCGGUAUAUCACCGACAUGUAUGGCAAUCCCAAGGACUUCUGCAAAUACGUCAGAUAUCUCCAUCUCUUCCUUGAUCGUCUUGUCCCUGACCGAAUUGUUACUUAUCUCGAUUGGGUUUUCCGUGCACUGAGAUCUAUUGAGGACCUUGUAGUGCUCAACCUUAGAAUCAACUACUCCAGAGACGAUCAGACUGGCAACCAUAUGGCUAGGGGCUGGAACACAAGCAUUCACAUGCCUUCACUGCCAAACUUGAAAGUCCUCGGAAUCUACUCAGCAGCUGACGUUCGUUUCAGCGUCGCCUUCCCAAGAAUCAACGUUCUUCUCGACCAUUGCCCGAACAUUGAAAUGCUCAAGCUUGAUAUUACAUGUGACCGAUUUUAUGUCUCCCUCACCAACAGUGCGAUCUUGACCCAGGCAAUGACAUACAACAUCAAAUGCCUUCACUUGACACACAGAGGAACCACUGGACUUAAACAGUGGGACAAGGACCAGAUCUAUGAGCUGUUCACUAUGUUCCCUAAUGUUGUGGCACUUGGUCUUGGAGGCGGUAUCAAGUUCUAUAGAGUCGAGGACCUUGUGAACAUGUUGAGACCCUUCGAAAAUCUCGAGGACUUGGUGCUCUGCGACACCCCCUGGGCAUGUGAGAGAAGAGGCCCAAUCUAUGACAGAGCUCAUAUCGCCACAGCCAUCUUCGAAAACCUUCCUCAGAUCGAGAGACUGUCCCUGCACUGUGACAGACUGAAGUCUGCUUUGUGUUUUGAGCGAGUUGGCCACCAAAUCUUGAUUGCCAACACAUACCACGGCACGACUUACCAGGGCCACACCCACACGGGAGCGACACUGGCCACGAAGCCGCUAAUUCGCACCUUUGCUGAGGAAGAGUGGAUGCGAGUUGUCGUAAAGUACCUGUGA